UCCCGCCCCGAUCCGCCUCGAUCUGUCCCGGCCGUGACGGGACCGGCGCUGAGCUCGCUGCAGGCCCGAGCGCGCAAGCGGACGGGCUGUGCUGUGCGCAGGCGCGACUGCGGCCGCGAGCCACAACAAAGGGGAGACGGGUUGCAGCGACCACCCUCCCCCAGUUGCCGGGGGUGGGCGAUGGGCGGGGGCUCUGACGCCGGCGGCGUGGGGCAUGCUGGGACUUGUAGUCGUGGCGGCGGCAUUCCCGCCAUCGGGAAGCGCGACGGACUCCUGGCGUUGCUAGUCUCAGCUGCGGCGGCCGGUGACAACGGCCGGCCAUUACGAGCCGGACAGAUCCCCGCAGGUGGCUCCUCCAAGAGCCUAACGCGGGAAGGCAGAACGGGAGGAACGACUGUCCCCCAGCCUCGCCGGAGGAACCCCCUGGCGUCGGGGGACAGCGCCGGCUGCUCCCCGGGAGCCAGCGGCGUCCUGAUGCGGGCGCCCCGCGGGGAGCGCGCGCUGGAGGAGUCCCUGGAGCGCUACCAGAGGCGCCUCCGAGAGCGUGCCAGUGAAAGCAUCUCUCAGCUGAAAAAUGCCUUGGCAAAAGGUGAUGGUGGCACUGGAUUUGAGCAGUCCUCUGUGGAUGGGGCCAGUGAUGACUGUGGGACUGCAGCCAGUCAGGAACUGCAGCACAGUCAUGCAGUUAACCAACUUAAAAUUUUGUUGCAACACCAAGAAAUAAUGGAAAGUGAAGAGUCUCCCUCAAGAAAGAAGAAGCCAUUCCAUAACCCCCCAGAAGCUGUGCCUGCAGACUUACCAGCCCUUUCUGAUCUUGUUCCUAUAAUCAAUGAUCAGUCACAGUACAUUAACCAUUUGGAAGCAGAAGUGAAGUUUUACAAGGAGGAGUUGUGUGGGGUGAAAGAUCGAGAACAGGCAGUUUUAUUUGAAAAUGAAGAGCUCCAUCAGAAGCUGAAAUUCUUAACUGCAGAAUACAUCUUGAGAGAACAAAGUCUUCCAGAUGCCUCAGCAAAUACUCAGAACUCCUGGCCUGUAGGGGGUCAAGAUUGUAGCACACCCCAGCCUGUCACCUCAUCACCAGCACAUAACAAAGAUCAGACUUUUGUUCCAGCAGCUUCUGGAGACAAAGAAAAAUGGCCUGUAGAACUGGAGAAUCUAAAACUUCAUUAUCAAGAAAAAGUCAAUAUCCUUGAUGCUCAAAUACAGUCUCUAAGAAAAGACCUUUCAGAAUCUCAGAAGACAUGCAAAGAUUUAGAAGGAAGGCUGAAACACCAGAAGUCACUGUUUUCAGCCAGAAAUUCUAGCCAGGUGGGUGGUCUGUGCCUGAACUGUGCCCAGCAUGAGGCCGUUCUUGCGCAGACUCACUGCAAUGCUCACGUGCAGACCAUCGACAGGCUGACCAGAGAAAGAGAUGACUUGAUGGAUGCACUUGUUUCACUGAGACAAAGCAUGAAAGAGAUGCAGCAAAGAGAAUCUAAUGCGUGUAAGCAAGUUGAAGAUGCUGUGCAAAUGGCAGAAGAGGCCAAUUUUGAAAAAACAAAGGCUCUAGUCCACUGUGAGCAACUGAAAAGUGAGAUGGAACGACAGAAGAAUUAUCUUGAAAAGGAGUUGGCUGCCCAGCUAAAUAAGAGGGCUGAUGAAAAAGAAGCACUGAGGCGAGAAAUGAAGAAGGAAAGAGAGGACUUGGCAGCAAUGGUGACAGCUUUGUCUAAGGAUGUGGCUGUUUUGGAGGCUCAAGUAGAGAGACUUACAAGGGAAAAGAAUUCUCUAGUUAGUGAGUUAGAAGAAUCACAGGGCCAGCUUGCAUCUCAUGAAAUGGAGAUGAAUAAGGUGUGUGGAGAAAUGCGCUAUCAGUUGAAUCAAACCAAAAUGAAGAAGGAUGAGGCAGAAAAGGAGCUCAGAGAGUACAGAACAAAAACUAUAAGGGAGCUUGAAAUUAAGGACCAGAAAAUAGAAAAACUGGGAUUAGAGCUGGAUGGAAACAAACAGCGUUUGGAACAAGCCCAGCAGGAUGUGACAGGAGCCAGAGAGGAGUGCCUAAAACUGACAGAACUGCUGAGUAAAUCUGAGCACCAACUGCACCUCACCAGAUUGGAGAAAGAGAGCAUUCAGCACAGCAUUAGCAAUGAAGCAAAGGCCCGAGCCCUUCAGGCCCAGCAAAGAGAGCAGGAGCUGACACAGAAGAUGCAGCAAAUGGAGGCCCAGCAUGAGAAAACUGUAGAAGAACUGGAUUCAUUGCUGACCUCCCAGAAUACAUUCAUAGCAAAAUUAAAGGAAGAAUGUUUUUUGUUGGCAAGGAAGUUGGAACAAAUGUCAGAAAAAUACAGAUCUGAAGUCAACCAGCUUAGUCAGGAAAAAGAGUAUCUUCAUGGCAGAUUGGAGAAGAUGAAGAAACGGAAUGAUGAAUUGGACCAACAAUGUAUCCAGCAUGGGAGAGUGCAUGAGAGAAUGAAGUCAAGAUUACAGCAGCUUGACAAGCACUGCCAGGCCACUGCCCAGCAGUUAGUGGAGUUGCUCAACAAACAGAAUCAGCUCUUCAAAGAGAAGCACCUGCUUACAGAAGAGGUGCAGUUUCUGCGAACACAGGAAAAAAAAUGGGAUACAGAUCUCAAACAGGACACAGAUGGAAUGAAGUAAAAACCUGGAAGGAUAAAGAGAAAUGAGCAGAAGUCUGCUCUGCACCUGGCUGAAACUUGUCUGAGACUUACCCAAAGACACCUCUGCAGAACACAGGCACACUUGCUAGCUAAUUUCAGCUGGUUUCUAUUUGGUUUUAACUACAGAAUCACAAAUAUUUUGAAGCCUUACCAGCCUACCAAACUUUCUAGGACGACAGCUGAGACUUUUCUGAAAAGACCAGGCUUGCAAGCCAGUUUUAAUAGCUAUUACGUGGUGUGGAUGUCAAUAAUUUGUACAAUUUUUAUAAAAUGUUUUUAUCUAUUUUCAUAAUUGAACAUACAUGUCUAUAUUAUUUACAGACUGAAAUAUCAAUAAACCUAACAGGAUCUCUA